UACAUACGUGUUUGUUACCACUGGUUACAAUAAUCUGUGUCCUUUUAUCGGUUGCUAUAAGCAAAGUGUGUUUGUUCAAUAAAAACGAAAACGAUAAGUGUGCUGUUCUGGACUUGUUCAAACAAAUCAUUAUUUUACAUAAAUAGGAAAUUGUAUAUUUUUAAUUUUAAAGCUGAAAACGAAAUGUCUCAUGCUAAUCGUAAAGAAAUAACUGGUCUUACUCGCAUGACACCCAAGGGCCUAAAAGAACUGUGCAAAAAAGACAAGCUGUAUCAAACACCACGUUUAAAUGAUGUACUAUAUUUGCACUAUCAGGGUUUUCAGUGCAUAGAGAACUUGGAAGAGUACACAGAGCUUAAGUGUUUGUGGUUAGAAUGCAAUGCCAUUUCAGAAAUUCAAGGCUUGGAGAAACUUGGCAAACUAAAGUGUCUCUUUCUCCAAAACAACCUUAUAACCAAAAUCGAAAAUCUAGACCCAUGUCGCGAGCUAGAUACUUUAAAUCUGAGCUCGAAUCAUAUUCGCAAAAUACAAAACAUUGGGACCAAUAUUUUGCCAGUUUUAAAUACUCUUACCAUUGCAUCAAACUAUCUUAAGGACAGUGACAGCCUGUCAGAUUUGAUUCAAUGUAAAACCUUAUCGGUGCUAGACUUAUCAAACAACAGAAUUGACGAUAUUUUGAUUGUAAAAAUAUUUGAGCAGAUGGUAAGUCUGAAGGUCUUGGUUCUGCAAGGAAACCCGGUUGUUUCCCGCUUACCCCAGUAUAGGAAGACAUUGAUAUUGGCUUGCAAAGAACUUACUUAUUUGGAUAGCCGUCCAGUGUUUCCUCGCGAUCGAGCAUGUGCUGAGGCUUGGAAGCGAGAUGGCUAUGAAGGGGAACGCAAGGAAAAUAAUCGUUGGAAACGGGCUGAGCGCAGGAAAACACGCGAAAGCAUUAACUGUACCAUACGUAUGAGAAAUAGUCACCGUCCACCUGAUCAGCAGGAUCCUUUGCUGAGGUCUAGCGAUUCGGAAGAUGACACAUGUACCGAAACAACCCGUAAGAAAGUUGCGCUUGAGAACGAUUGUGUCGAUGAUUUAUGGGAGGAGGUCUCGUGUGAACAGCCUAUCUCAGACCACGGAACCAGCACAUCCAGCUCUGUGGAAGACAAAGAUGGUACAAGCUCUCAGGACGAUCUCAUAGCAGAGAAAUUGAGUAAUCGUGGAACACUCGAGGGGCGUCCAACAGUCCUUUAUGAAAAUGAAGUGAGCAACAUAAAGAGUGUUAACCAAAAUAUCAAGAAUUUUGAGCCCAGGAGUAUAGAGACAAAAGUAUUUCAGGAUGUAAGCAAGAUAUCGCCGAUUAUUAUUGAAGAGAAACGCGUUCCGAAUAUAAAUCUUAAUAACGAACCAAGCGAUGUGAAAAAUAGAAAAGUGAUUAAGUGUGAAAAAACUGGUUAUACUUCCACAGGACAAGUUCUUAAGGAAAACGUUUUUGACGAAGACGCUGAAAUAAAAAAUGUGGAAGACAUGGUUCAAUGCCAGGAUAUAAUUAAAUCAAACGAAGAUAUGAACUCUGAAUUCGUCGUCAGUACAAAGCUGGAAAAAGAUGUUGAGCAAACUUGUAUUGCCCUAAGAAAUGAAGCUCAAUGUAAGGAAUUAGACGAAGAUCAAUCCAUUAAAGAAAUUGAAAGCAAACUUAUUAACGAAAUGUACGAAAAUGUUGCUGCUGAUGACCAUGAUAAACAUAACGAAACUGUCGAUUUAAAUCUAAAAAAGACCGCAAGUGCACAGCAUGCACGCACAUUUUUUUUCGAGGAAAACAAAAUGACAAGAAGAUUUUAUCAAGAAGAUAAAAAGUCCAGCCUUUUAGCCAAAAGCAAGGAGGAAGCACUGUUGGAAGAAGACUGUAUCAUUUCAAAUGAAAAGUGUGCUUAUGACUUAGAGGAAAUAGGUCGCCAAAUGGAAGAGGAUCUGGCAGAACUUAGACAGUCCACUCAAAAAUUGGUUGGGUUUUCAAUAGACGAGGAUGCUGACAGCAAGACAGACAGUGAAAUAGAUGAGGAGGAUCUGAUGGCACAGCAGGACCCAUACUCUCCACUUCUCCAGCAGCAAUUCAAAGACCGGCGUAUGAAAAUUAUGUUAAAAGAAGAAACCAAAGCCCAAGGGGAAUCAAUUCGGGACUUAAAUAUUACACUCUCAAACGAAUCUAGCAGUGAUGACAAGCAAGAUCAAUUAUUUGCCAAAUUAUUAGAUGAUGCAACAGAAAAUAUACCAAAGCGCAUCUUUGGUACUGGGUGUGAUUCACUUAGUUCUGCUUGGCCUCAGGAAGAGUGCUUGCUUCAAUUGACUUUAUCCGAAGUAAAAGAAACUCCUGAUCAAGAAAUUGUCUUCAAGAAUUCCAUAACAAAUAGUUCAAGUUUCGAAGAGGCGAAUGAAAUUUGCGUUCGUAUAGAUCAAAAAAUGGCCGAGGAAGAGGCAGCUUUAGGUAAACUGUUGCAUGACCUAGAAAACGAGGCCAACACGAAGGUGAAGCACGAUGAAACCAAUUCCAGUAAAGAAAGUGACGCUGCCAGAAUUUGUACAUCCUUGCUAGACGAUAUUAUGGUUGAGCUUACGUUCAACGAGAAACGGUGGCAUGAGAAACCCAAAAGUUUUAAAUUCGGUCCCAUCGAAUCUGACGAUGAGUUCAGUUACUCAUUUGAACCGCAAUUGGAAAAGUUGGUUCCCCCUGCAUUAGAGGAUCCAGCCCGAGGAAAAAGCCUUCGAGAAUGUUUGGACACCUUUUCUGACUUUGUCUCUUCUAUGGCAGAUCCGAAGCUGCCCUUGAUGUUGGGUCGUAACCCCACAUCAGGUGUAGAAAAAAUUCGUGCCGCUCAAGAGCUGCUAAAGUCUAAAAAUCUUGCAGAGCUAUACGCAGAUACGGCGGAAAGCUUAAACUCCCAGGUAGCCAAAGAAAUUGAAAAGCGCAAGCGGCGUGUGGCCGCAUCUGCUACCCGUUGCUUUAAUCAACGAGAUAAAUAUGAUGAUACCUUGGAGUUGGUGCAGAAUCGGUUGAUGAUUGUCAAGAAGGAUUCCGGGGAUCUGGAAGAACUGCCACCUCCACCCCCCCUUAUAAGUGACACAGAGUCCGAAGACUACGAUACAGCGGAGGAUGAGUAUACGCCUGGGAAUGGAGGUCAUAAACAUACACAUGGGUCAAAACCUCAAGACUCGAAAGAACAUUUAAUGAAUAAUUUGUUGAAGCAAAAGCAAGACAAACCCGACACUGUAGAAGAAGUUGGUAAAAAAAACGAUCAUGAUGAAGAUGAAUUUUAUUCGUUGGAAGCUAUGACAACCUUCGGUAAUCUAGACGCCGAAUUUUUUCAUAAAUUGGAUCUUCAGAAAGUUAACGAUUCCGAAGACUCAGAAUCGGCCAUCAAUUGCAUGCGAAGUUAUAACGAACUUCAAGCCUAUAUGAAAUCCGGAUCAUUGAAACACCAGUUGAAUAGUGAGGAUACCAAGAUGUUGCAGACAAUGUUUUCCACGGUUGCCUCUGAUGGCAAGCCGAAGUUACGAAACCCCAAAGGAGAAGAGGAGGAUGACCUUCUUAAAAAGAUGGUUCUUCGCAUGAAAGAGUACGAGGAACGGGAGCAUCAGCUCCAACUAGUACCGCAUGAAAUCCCCAGGGAGUUAAGUCCCAUUAAGCUAUCCUUAGGUGGAUCUAAGCUUUUCGAGCAGAAGAAUAAAAUUCCAGAGACUGGCCUUGUCCAUGCAGAAAAUGAACUUACUGGGAACAUCCAAUUUAUAGAUAACAAGAAAACAAAUAAUGACAAGAGCACAGAUGCAAUUGAAAAAAAUUGCGAACCACUUGUCAAGACCUCAUGUCAAACUUCAAACAAAAGUAUAGACGACGAUAUACAGUCCGACGUUUCAACUGACUACGAAUCUGGUGAAGAGGUACUGGUUGUUGAGCCGCCCAAACUUUCUGACGCGGUUCUAAAAUCGUUAUACUCUGAUGGAUUUGAAGCAGACUUAAAAAUGGUCCAUGAACUUGAAGAAGCUACUCGACGUAAUCUCUACCGCUAUCAUUCAAAUGUAAUGCAUAAUUCAACAAAUAACCAUUCCUUUUCAACAAAAAAGACACUGCCUACUAAAACCUCUACUUCUGAGCAGUCUGUAGGAGCCAAGGCCAAGUGGGCCAAAAUAGCUGAACGACUACACGAAUUUCUUGAUCCUGAGACGAUUCUAAGGAAAGAACAGAUUGGUGAAAGAGAUGCAUGUGAAGACAGUGAAGAUGAAGAUUUCGCAUUUGAGGAAAACAAUUUUGAAAAAGAUGAGAAAUUAAUAAUUUCAGAAGAAUAUAACAGUACACAAAACAUUUGCGAUGGAAACUCAGGUCCAUCUAAGCUUGAUGGGAGCGACCAAUUUGCGAGCAUUAAAGGAUUUGAAAACAUUACAGAAAUGCCAACAUAUAAUAUGGAAUUAAAUAGCCAAUCCAAAAAGAAAACUUCCGAAAAAUUGUCAAAUGAAAUUGAAAAUAUAAUCACAACCUGCUCUUCUUUUGAAGCUCCAACUGAUAGCAUUGGGAUUGAAUACUUUGAGGACCCAACAUUAACCCAAAUUAAUCCAGAAGGUUUAAAAACGGAACAAAUUGAGUGCAAUCUUCAGAUUCUAAACGAAGAUGGAGAUGUUGUGGUCCAAGAGCUCAGUGUCAAUGCUCAGGUGUCUUUUGAGUAAGAGUCGAUCCCGAUUAAUUUGUUAAAAUGUAAUUC